GGGGCAGGGAUCAACAGCCUCUCGUGGUCGUGUAUUUUAGUGCUUUAAACCUUUUGUCCCUGCCAAACUAUAUUGUUUUCAAGUUACUACUUACCAGCGCAUGUGUUCCCAUAUCUAUCAAUAACUGUAGUAGAAUAACUACAACUCAAGCGGUGCUGCAGGAAGACCUUCGAAAUGUAUCCGAGUGGAGCAUCUGUGUCUGGGAGCUCUCCCUCCCCGCCUCCGGCCCCACCCCCAGAGUAUGUCUUCAAGCCCCCCUCGCGGCCGGACUUCGGCACCAUGGGCCGCCCCAUCAAGCUGCAGGCCAACUUCUUCGAGAUGGAGAUCCCCAAACUGGAGGUCUACCACUACGACAUCGACAUCAAGCCAGAGAAAUGCCCUCGAAGAGUCAACCGUGAAAUAGUGGCACACAUGGUUCAGCACUUUAAAACACAGAUCUUUGGAGACCGGAAGCCAGUCUACGACGGCAGGAAGAACCUCUACACAGCUAUGCCAUUGCCAAUAGGAAGGGAAAAGGUGGAGUUGGAGGUGACCAUCCCCGGGGAGGGCAAGGACCGGAGCUUCAAGGUGGCCAUCAAGUGGGUGUCGUGCGUCAGCCUGCAGGCUCUCCACGAAGCGCUGACCGGACGCCUUCCCAGCAUCCCCUUCGAGACCAUCCAGGCCCUGGACGUGGUGAUGAGACACCUGCCCUCCAUGAAUUACACCCCAGUGGGCCGUUCUUUCUUCACAUCUUCAGAGGGCUGCUCCAACCCCCUGGGGGGCGGUAGAGAGGUCUGGUUCGGCUUCCACCAGUCCGUUAGGCCCUCCCUCUGGAAAAUGAUGCUCAACAUUGACGUUUCCGCCACUGCUUUCUACAAAGCCCAGCCUGUAAUUGAGUUCAUGUGUGAAGUUCUGGAUUUCAAAAGCAUUGAGGAGCAACAGAAGCCCUUAACCGAUUCCCAGAGAGUCAAGUUUACUAAGGAAAUCAAAGGCCUUAAGGUGGAGAUCACUCACUGUGGCCAGAUGAAGAGGAAGUACAGGGUGUGCAACGUCACCAGAAGACCCGCUAGCCAUCAGACUUUUCCCCUACAGCAGGAGAAUGGCCAGACCAUUGAAUGCACUGUAGCGCAGUACUUCAAGGACAAGUACAAGCUGGUGCUGAGGUACCCUCAUCUGCCCUGCCUGCAGGUGGGACAGGAGCAGAAGCACACCUACCUGCCCCUGGAGGUGUGCAACAUAGUGGCAGGCCAGAGGUGCAUCAAGAAGCUGACGGACAAUCAGACCUCCACUAUGAUUCGUGCCACUGCCCGCUCGGCGCCCGACCGCCAGGACGAGAUCAGCAAACUGAUGAGAAGUGCCAACUUUAACACUGAUCCUUACGUGCGCGAGUUUGGCGUGAUGGUGAGAGACGAGAUGACUGAGGUGAUCGGACGCGUCCUACAGGCGCCAUCGAUCCUCUACGGGGGACGGUUUUGCCCUCAGAAUAAAGCAAUAGCCACGCCGAUCCAGGGUGUGUGGGACAUGAGGAACAAGCAGUUCCACACGGGCAUCGAGAUCAAGGUGUGGGCCAUCGCCUGCUUCGCCCCCCAGAGGCAGUGUACGGAACUGCUACUCAAGGCGUUCACAGACCAGCUGCGAAAGAUCUCCAGGGACGCGGGCAUGCCCAUCCAGGGCCAGCCGUGCUUCUGCAAGUACGCCCAGGGGGCGGACAGCGUGGAGCCCAUGUUCAAGCACCUCAAGUACACUUAUCAGGGCCUACAGCUGGUGGUCGUCAUCCUCCCGGGCAAGACGCCAGUCUACGCGGAGGUGAAGCGUGUUGGGGACACGGUGCUGGGCAUGGCCACCCAGUGUGUGCAGGUGAAGAACGUGCUGAAGACUACGCCGCAGACCCUCUCCAACCUCUGCCUCAAGAUCAACGUCAAGCUGGGUGGAGUCAACAACAUCCUGCUACCACAGGGCAGGCCCCUGGUGUUCCAGCAGCCUGUCAUCUUCCUGGGGGCAGACGUUACCCACCCACCUGCGGGAGACGGCAAGAAGCCCUCCAUCGCCGCGGUGGUGGGUAGUAUGGAUGCCCACCCGAGUCGCUACUGUGCCACGGUGCGCGUGCAGCAGCACAGGCAGGACCUCAUCCAGGACCUGGCCACCAUGGUGCGCGAGCUGCUCAUCCAGUUCUACAAGUCCACCCGCUUCAAGCCCACGCGCAUCAUCUACUACCGCGACGGCAUCUCCGAGGGACAGUUCAACCAGGUGUUGCAGCAUGAGCUGCUGGCGAUUCGAGAGGCCUGCAUUAAGCUGGAGAAGGACUACCAGCCGGGCAUCACCUUCGUAGUGGUACAGAAGAGGCACCACACCAGGCUAUUCUGCAUGGACCGCAACGAGAGGGUUGGGAAGAGUGGCAACAUCCCCGCUGGCACCACGGUGGACACCAAGAUCACCCACCCCUCAGAGUUUGACUUCUACCUCUGCAGUCAUGCUGGCAUCCAGGGUACCAGUCGGCCCUCCCACUACCAUGUGCUGUGGGACGACAACCACUUCACAUCUGACGAGCUACAGGUGCUGACCUACCAGCUGUGCCACACCUACGUGCGCUGCACGCGCUCCGUCUCCAUCCCCGCGCCCGCCUACUACGCUCACCUGGUGGCCUUCCGCGCCCGAUACCACCUGGUGGACAAGGAGCACGACAGUGCUGAGGGCAGCCACACGUCGGGCCAGAGUAACGGGCGGGACCAGCAGGCGCUGGCCAAGGCGGUGCAGAUCCACCAGGACACGCUGAGAACCAUGUACUUCGCCUAGAGCACUUACGGCGGCAGCACGUGAGGAAGGAGCGUAAUGUGGAUCCAGAAAAUUCACCCAACACCAGCCCCACCACUCAAGCUGACCCGCCUGCCGGGGCCUGCUGGUUUUACAUCGGAACAGGUUACGCAGCGCUAGGCCAUUUCUGAGACCCUCACAUGGACAAACAAACAACAACAACCAUCCCCUUCCCCCCAUCCCCCACCCCACAUGUUCCCAAAAGACCACAAACUUGUAUUCCAAAAUGCAACCAAACUACGCCUCUCCUUUCCCUCUGAAGUGUAACAUCUAAUGGAGGCGUUCUGGGGGGUGGAUGGGUGUAAAUAAGGGGGUUAUCGCUAGACUGUGCGUGUAUGUGUGUCUGUGUGUGUGUGUGUGUGUGUGUGGUGUGUGUUUGCAUUUUCUUUUUUUAUCUAUAUAUAUGUGUAUUGUAAAUGUUUUAUAUUUGUACAUGUAGGGGCUAAGUUGUUUACAUAGGAGAGCGAUCCUAUCUACAGUAGAAUCCCUUUUUACACUGACAAAAUGGUGUCUAAGUCGUGGGUGGAGACGUGAGUGCUUUGUGGUGGGAGGGGCGGAGGAGGAGGGCGUAUUGGGGGAGGGGAGGGGAGGGGAGGAGAGGAGAGGAGCGGGGGACUUUUCCUGUUGAGUUGAUUGUAACCGUUGGCAACUCGUUCCUUACGUGUGCAGCGUACUCACCAGUCAUACUUAAGGGGCACAGACUUGAAAUAGGGGCAUGAAGCUACGCUACGCUGUGGGGAGAGUUCUAUUGGACUCACCCUGCUUUUAUCUGUUCAGAAAAAAAUACUUAAAAACCAGCAGUGUGUAUGUCCCCACCUAUCAAAAGAAGUGAUUGGUGCAUGCCAAGAUGUAUGUGUGUGUGUGUGUGUGUGUGUGACGUGUGUCUGUACAGAGAUGUGUGUCUGUACAGAGUGUGUGUGUGUGUGUGUGUGUGUGUGUGUGUGUGUGUGUGUGUGUGUGUGUGUGUGUGUGUGUGUGUGUGUGUGUGUGUGUGUAUGUGUGUGAGAGAGAGACCGAAGCUAAAUUUCAUGGUGUGUCAUUUGGACAGCCUGUUCUAGAUCUACUGUAUACUCCUUGUGUAAGGUGACCAAAACAACACCAGGCAUUUAUUAGUGCCAGACUGAAUCGCUACAGUAUUCAUCUGACAGACACAAUCUUGAUGAAAUAUGUUUUUAGAUGGGACUGCAAUGCUCUAAAUGGAGAGGGGAGAGACACUGUAAGGUGUAGGAAAACCCUCCCUCCCUCAAUGACUUGUUGAAUUGCUCUCCAGACGCAAGGGAGGGCAGAGAGAUGGAGAUCGAGUGAGAGGAGAAACCCGGAAAUGGUAUUGGUUCAGUUCUGUGCACAGGAAGAACCUCCUCCAAUGGGUACAUCCCAUUAUGCGAACUCCCGCCCUCCACCUGUACUUAUGACCCCCAAGCUCUGCUGCUGAUGAUGAUAAUAAGCGUCCCUGCUGUCAGCCUCGCCACAACAACAACAACUCUUGGGGGACUUCUCCCUCAUUCAACAUCCCAAUUGCAAAUGGGAAAAUGACCUUUUGAAUUGCGCUUUUGCAAGAUUUUGAAUCACACUUCUUGCACGUCUUGCAACGUCAUCGCGAGGCCACAAGCACAAAGGAGGACGGGAGUUAGGAUACUGGUAAGAACCUCCAUGUGUCCCCCGUUCCUUUUCCACCCCGCGAGUUCGCUCCCCCUCUUCUCUUAUACCCACCCCCCCCACCCACUUAAGUUGUUUGUACAAUCAGCGAGUGGCGCGCUCUCUCUCCUGAGAGGCUCUGGAAGCCACUAAUGCGGGACUGGAUCCCAGUGGAUGUACAGUAUAUCUGAUGGUGCUCUGAGCCAAGAUAAUCAUGACGAUGAGUUGAUCAUGUCCUAUUAUAUCGAUAAAAUGACACAAUCUUUUAUUUCGUAUCCCCCCGCCCCCCUUUCCGAUUGUAUAUGCAUUUGAGCACAUUCAACCCAAAUUUUACCUUUUCAAUCUCUUUUUUGAUAAUCAAGUCGUAUUGACCUGUUAAUAUUUUUGUGUUUCUCUUUGCCAUAUUUUAAUACAUUUUAUUUAAAGUACCAAAUCACCGCGACAAAUUGGCCAGUGCUUUAGCAAAUGCAAAGUUGCAAAUGGUAAUCGUGAUGGCUGUUUGCAAGGCUGUUGGUGUCGAAUCCGUUUGUUGUCUAGUUGUAAUCUUGCCUGUUGAAGAGAAGUCGUGAAGGUGUAGGAUGCACUACAGGACUCUAGACACUUUGUUUCAAUCUGGUUGUGGGUUAUGUACUUAUAAAUCCCCGUUUCUCCCUUACCUGAGACACAAUCCACUGAUUAGGAGGGGCUAUGUAAAGCCUGUUAACACUUGACAGAACUACCAGAUUCUGAUUGAUUGGUUGAGUAAGACUGGUUGGUUUGAUUCUGCAUGGCAUCAUGCAGCAUGUGGUCUGCUAGUGGCUUAGAUCAGAUGCCUUUUCUCUUUAACCUAACACCAUGCCACUGCGUUUGUCCUCCGGACGUGGCUUUGAAAGGGUUAAGGAACUGUGCUUUGCCCUCCUCUGUGCGAAGUAUUGGGGUGCAGGCUGAGGUUGAAUACAGUCUGUGGCUAGGGUUUGGAUUUCCUAGUCUUUUUAUUUUGUAGAUCGAAGUAAAUUGACUGCUCCUCAUUUUAUUACAGCGUAGGCUUUUCUUGUGUGAACCAUGCCUUUUUAAAGCAAUCAUUGAGGUCGAAUAAAAAAAGAAAGUUAAAGCUAAACACAAAAUACCCAGGCAACUGUACUUAUUUUUUCUCAUUUAUGAAUUAUUGUCCUGGAAUAGACUUGGCUUAGAUUUUGGUCAGAUUUUUAACUACAUUUUUGUCUAACUAUGCAUUCUUAACAGAUUUUAGCGGUGACAUAUUUGUCUGUAUGAAUUUUUAGAUCAAUUUUUAUCGUAGUAUAUAAAGAGUCAAGGGUGCAUUUUAUUUGUCUUGUUUUUUUGUAGAAGUAGUAGUAGUACUAGGCUUAGCACAAAUUUCCCUUUACCUCUUGUAGCAGUAUUUUGCCUUUUUUUGACCUUUUUUUUUUUUCAAAGUAUAUAAAUAUAAAUCUCUAUAUGCCAGACAAUUGGUAGGUAUUUGUACAGUAUCAGUCCCCAUCUCCCCUACCCCUGAGGCCAAACAAGAUUAGUGAUGAUCAAUGUCCAUAGUAUAUAAAGCACAACAUGGAUGUUGAGUUGUAGGUGCUGGAGACCCCUCCUAAAGGGAGGAGAAAUGACAUUUGUACUUUCCCACCCCCUCUAUUUUACAUUGUGUCACCUUAUAAAGAAGCCCACAUGUCGGACAGGUCCACAGGCUUCUACAGUUAUAAACUAAGAUCCUCAUUCCUUUUUUGUGUCUGUACCUUCCAAAUCAUCUGUCAUGUUAAUUUUUAACUUCUCCACAUGAAACUUUUUUUUUUUGCCAUAAUCGACUCUGAAUCCAACUGACUGUGGAUAUGGGGCAUUUGUUGUUGAUCAAGUACCUGAUAAUAGCCGUUUCUUUUUUUGUCUCUGUUUUUCACCGCCGUUUGACGCUGGUAUCGCAACGUGUAAACAAAUCUGCGUAGCAUUUUGAAUAGCAGGCAUUGAUGCCUUUUCCAUCCCUCUCCUCUCGCUGUGGCAGGCAGAAGUAGCCAGAACUGUGCUAUCUCAUCUAUCUAUGAGAUCUAUCUGGAUGUCUAUAUCCAUCUAUCCAUCUUCCUACCUACCUACCUACCUAUCGCUCGGGUGCAAUUGUGUGGAAGUGGCCUUGCGUUUACCUCUUGUUACCUGUUACUUGCAUGAUGGUAACAUCACACCGGUGGCCAUUUCCUCAUAAUUGCAUGAGAGAGACUGAACAAUGUUGUCACAAACUUUAUGUUUUAAACCAUCAUCUCCAAAACUUCUCGUUAUACCCAUACAGUGGUGGUACUCUGCCCAUGGAUCAGACAUCUUUGCAAUAUUCCCUUCCUCUUGUGCUUGUUUUCGACUCUGCAAAGGGCUGUAGUUAUUGCAAGAUUUUUGUGUGUGUUUUCCUUGAUGCUUUCAUGACUAGCUUGAUCAGUGGCCGCCACUGUAUGUUAAGGAUGGCAUUCAUUGAACUUGGUCCUAUGGAGGCAUGUGGAGGCUGUUCACCCUUCCUGCUCUUGUGUUGCGGUGCAUUGUGGUGCUCGUGGUCCAGUACACCCAAGCAUUUGAUUGUAAAGCCUGUCUGUAUGCGCAUCGACAGCAGAUGACGUUGGACUCGCAGGAUGUUUAAAAGUGUAUUUAUUUCCCGUUGUAAGUACUCGUUUCGUAAAGCUUACCGGUGCCAAACUGGCUGUCUGUGUUGCGCUCAGUGCAUGCCACAUUCUGCAGUUCCUGCAGGCAAUGACGAUGGAGAGCCAUCUCUUGCAUCAAGGGCAUUGUGUUCUUGUCCAGCUUGGGUUUCAUUUUAUUUUCAUUCUUUUUCUCUAUGUUUUUUUCUUUGCUUUGUUUUAACAAAUGUGCUGUUAACCAAAUCACCAAGUCAUCCUGUAUUUACACACACAUAGGUUCAUAUUUUCUUUUCAUCAUUUUUAUAAGCUUAUAUGCCAUUUUUUUCACCUAUUGUGUUCAUCGACACCUUAAUAAUUCAGUAUUAUCCCAGUCAUACAUGCCACAGCAACUACACCUGUGGCACAUCACUGCGUUAUUUACUUUUUCUGAUUUAUUUACUGUGUCUGAACCUGGAACUAUCAGUCAGUUGCAUCAUAUCUCUUGCCGAAACCCAUCAGAGGGAGAGGUUUUCCAAUGGUUUUUCUUUUUUUCCUUUUACUUUGAUGUUACAAAUUCUACCUUCUGCUACCAGCACCUUAGAUCACCAGAUGUUCUCAACAUAUGCAAUUCCUGAAAAACGUAUGGAAAGUAUGGAGAAAAAAAAGAAACAAUUUUUGCACUAUUUUAAUUUUGGAGUUGUGAAAUGUCGUCUUUUUUUUUUUUUUUUUUUUUUUAGAAGCUUGUACCUCAAUUUUUGGAGAAAGCAAAUGCGGGUAGCUGUGCAGUUCUUGGUGAUGUUCUCUUAAGGUUUUGGAUAUAGUAACUAACCACAUGUCCGACUCAGACAAAACAUUGGUACAGAAGAACUGGGAACAUCUCAUGCCAAGUCGUAUGUUGUUACAGCCUAUGCAACAAGUGUACAAAAGAAAAUCUGUAGUGACCUGGCAACUUGGAGUCAAUCUGGAAUCAUUUAAGAUUCAUUGAUGCUUUUUGUCAUUUUUUAUUAUUAUUAUUUCAAUUGAUGUUUGCAUUUGGAUUCUUGGAUGUUAUCCAAAUGUUUCUUGAUUUGCCAAAUUGUACGUUAUCAGCGGUGACAUAUCUGUUCCAACAAUAUUGGGCUGUUUUUAAAUGCCAACCAGAGUUGAUUCAGCAAGUGAAUUGUUGUGGUGCUUUAUUAUUAACCAUUGGCUCUGUAGAUUAACUGCAUUUUGGCAAGAAAAAAUGGAUUGUUGAGUCGCUAUUGAGAAUGUUAGAGAACUCCUUUUUUUUCCCACGUUAGGCUGAAGCUCAUUUUGUUUUUGUUUUUUUGUUUUUUGUUUUUUUUCUGUAGACUGUUUUCCUAAUUUGCUUUUGUCCAAAUAAAUGGUGCAGCACUAUA